AGUGCAUUCUGGGUAAUUCAUAAUUCCAAGAUGGCGGCUUAGUGUUGUUGUUUUGUGUGUCCAUGGAUUUUCUUACGCUAGCUUUCGCCUACACGGCUUGUUUCACCGUAAUUUGCUAUGUAUUGCUUUGUGGAGGGAGUUCUUUUCACCGCGGAGGUGUAAUAUCGUGGAUCAGGAGGAAAAUACUCUAUGGCUAUUUAUUGGUAGAGGGGGCAUGUAUCAACUGCCUUCCUACCUUCAUCACCAGAGGUACCAGCAGAAUUGUUGACUUUGUUUUCUAUACCAGGAACCACUUUUUACAGGCAUUUUAUCUGUUCCUCGUGAUCGGAGGUAGCCUCGUUUACUCUCUUCACAUUCUCCCUUACUUUGACAAGAUGAACUCGUUUGCGUACUCAACCUACUGCUUGAUAAUCAUCAACAUCUCCUUCUUUGUCAUCUGCUGUUACGCUGAACCUGGGGUAGUCACACCGAGUAACAUGGCAGCAUCAAUCCAGAGAUACAGAUAUGAUGGAUAUUACUAUAUCCGGAAGGAGUGUCCAACUUGUGAACUAGAUAAGCCUGCAAGGUCUAAGCACUGUUCUCUGUGCAAAGCAUGCAUUAACAGGUUCGACCACCACUGCUCAUGGGUGAAUAACUGCAUCGGCGCCAAUAACUAUGGAUAUUUCAUCGGGUUCAUCUUUACAGCUGCAGCAUUGUGCAUCUAUGUGACCUUCCUUGUCAUGAUAGUGUUUGUGUAUAUCAGCAUAACUCAGCGCCUACUACAGGGGCAAUAUGUGGACAGUGAAGGCAAUGAGUACCCUAUCACCAUCAGACAUGUUGUCCAGUUUCUUCUCGUCAACUUCCCCACGAUCUUUACUCUCUUCAUGGUCGUCCUCAUCUUUGGCAUAUUCCUGACUCUAUUCACCAUAUUUCAUUUCUAUCUUCUGCUCACAAACCAAACCACAAAUGAACUCUUCAAGAGAUUCAAGGCACCAAAAGGCCCAAGAAAUAAGCCAAGGGGGACACCACUUACGAGUAAAGAAAAUUCGAGAUUGCGACAAAAAGUUAAGAAAAAUACAUCGUCUGUUGAGACAGAGCAGACCCCGGAUGUACCUUACCAUAGUACUCCUUAUUCCAAAGGCAUGUGGAAAAAUGUCGCUGAGAUAUUUUCUUAAAAUUAGGUAUUGUUAUACUUUAGGCUUGAAGGACAAUUGACAACCUUUAUAUGACUUAUAUACAAGAAAUCAUGUAAGAAAAGGGGACCGGACUGAAUAUGCAAUGAAGCGCCCGCGAGAAUUUAAUUAAAGGACUCAAUGUGACCUUUAAUUUGUGCAAAAGUUGAGGACAAACGAACCAAAGGUUGAAGCGCGAAAAAUCUAGGAAAACAAGCUAAAGAAAAUAAUAAACCUGGCGAAUUAAAAUUUCCUGGCAGGUUUUCCGUAAAAGCUCAACAGGUUGGCAAAUUUAUUAUCCAGGUCGGAGGAAUUAUUCCAUUUUUUAAUGUCUGUUUUCGUCCAGGGGAAAUUUUCAUACCAGAGUCAAAUUGUACCAGGGAAGGAAAUACUCUACCAAGGAGAGGUGGAAUGUGAAUGUAAUGUGAAUGGGAAUCUUCUAUACGUAAGUAUGAUGCUUUAAAGAAAAUAAGUUUGUGGGGAUGUGAGAGUAAA